CCGUGUUUCCCGCCGUCCAUGUUACGCCACUUCAGAAUGUUUCGAUGCGCAAAAGAAAUAUUUAAGUGAUAAAUAUAUUAUUUUUGCAGGAAAUAAACUUAUUUGAAUAUUAUUUUGAAAUAUCUAAGCAAAAACUUGAGUUUUAGGUAGUAUUUACGCCGUUCUAAACCUUUGAAGCGAAGGAUAUAUUUAGAUCUUAGGGUUUCCCCUGACUUUACAAACAUGUGCAUACGUCACACACUUUGACAGGAAGUAAACAGACAGAAUACAUUGAAUAGUUGUCGUCUGCCGAAAGUAUUCCUAGUGCUUCGGAAAGUGUUUGGUGCAAAACUAGUUCUACGAUGUAUUUGUAAGCAUGUCUUAUUUGCCGGUUGAUUUUCGCACCAUCGGUAUAGCCGAUGAUUCGACCUUAGAACUGCAAAUCAACGAGGAACUCAGCGAUUUUUUCCCUCCACCUUCAUCACCGCCAUCUGUGUUAACAAAUUCUUCCGAAAUAGGUCUACGUUCUGAAGAUUUAGAUGAUUCAGACAAUGAUAUUGAAGAAAAGGAUGAGGUAGGUGAGAAUGAUAUUCUUGGAAGUCCUGUCAUACAAAGUAGGAUAAGAGAUUUUAUUCGUUGCGAUAGCGAAAGUGAAAACGAAAGCGAAAGUGAAGAGGUUGAAACUUGCAGCUGUUUUGAUGUAAACACGGACUUGAUCAGCAGUGUUGAUGAAAGGAAGUCGAAAAAUAAGUGUCAAUGUUUACGUCAGUUUCGUUCCAAUGACGUUGUAGAAAAUCGAAUAAACGUAUCUGCAAUGGACAGUGAAACGCGUGAUGUGUUGAUAAUGGGUCAACUUCAGGCUUGUGGGACUAGCAAAGGUGAAGUGACCAAGCAGGGAAAAGACAGAAAAAGACAUAAAUUUGACUAUCAAUUUAUGAAUUCACCUGUGUGCAAAGAUUGUUUUCUGUUUGUCAACAACAUUGGCGACAAACUAUUAAAAAACAUUAGAAAGCAUUUGUACAAAGAAGGAGCAGUGCCCAGAGUCCAUGGAAACACCAACAGGACACCCAAACAUGCUGUCAAUUAUAAUGAUGCUCAGCAGGUUGUGAAAUUUAUCACAAGGUUUGCAGAUCAAUUUGGUCUACCUCAGCCAGCUGCACCUAGGGGUCGAGAUGACAUUCCCCCAGUUUACCUUCCUGGAAAAGAAAGCUACAAGACUGUCCACCAGCAAUAUGCAGAAGCAUAUGGUUCUAAAGAUGACAAUCGAGUCCUAUCAGAAACUACAUUUCGAAGGAUUUGGCACAGAGUUGUUCACCACGUGAAGUUUAUGACUCCACGCACGGAUGUAUGCCAUAAGUGUGAACAAUUUCGGGAUUUAAUCCAACAGUCAAGAACAGAGGAGGAAAAGUUGUCAGCUACUGAGGCAUUCAGUGACCACAUCAAGUCAGCCCAGAGAGAAAGAGAUCACUACAGGAGUGUAUGUGCUGCAGCCAAAGAGGAACUUGAUGGUCAACCAAGAUCAGAGAGUCCUGUCACACCUUGUUCAAAGGAUUUGAAGAAUGUUCAUUACACAUUUGACUUUGCACAGAGUGUUCUUCUUCCGACACAUUGUAGACAAGAAGGGGCUCUUUAUUUUUUGUCUCCUUUUAAAGUGAACUUAUUUGGUAUUUGCAAUGAUGGAAGGACAUUGCAACAUAACUAUGUGUUCGGGGAAUCCCAAAGUAUUGGUGAGGAUGGGCAGUAGAGCCAUUCUGCAAAUUCUGUUGUGUCCAUG